UGUAUGUUCCAAAAAUAGUUUUCUCUGCUCUGGAUUAGUUAUUCUGUCAGCAUGUGGGGAAGACAUUACUGUCAUUCUUUGUCUUGUACUCACAACUCUUGAUCUAUAUAUUACUCUUUAUCCACUCCUCUUCACACUUCCCCUUCACAUUUUCUCUCCUGUCACCAACAAAUCUCCAAUAUGGCUUCCUUAUGGACUUAUCAAGAGAACAUUAAUGAGCUGAAGCAGCACCUCUUAUACACAAGUAUUGAACUUGAGUCUGUAAAAGCAGAAGCAGGUGAACAAAUGCAAAUUCACAAGGAAUAUGAGAAACAAUCACUACAAUUGCUCAAGAUGGUCAUACAGGAAAGAGAUGAGGCCAGAGAGCAGCUCCACAAGCUACUCAACAAGCUUAUGGCAUGUGAUUCUAGAGCUCAGAAUACUGACUUUUUGACGAAUGUUGUCCCACAACGGUCACCUGAAAGCCCACUGGUGAAUCCUGUUAUACCCAACUUGAGCACAACUGAAUCAAACAGCUUCUCUGAACCAUACAAUUACCACUCUUAUGAUUCUUCCCCAGUUAGUUCGUUUUUCGAACCUGUCCUCUCCCCUGAACUAUCAAACAUGAGCAGCCCUGCUGGUGAUAUAAGUAACAAAAUGAAAAUUGUCAAUCAGGCCUAUAUUCAGGACUAUAAAAACACAAUUCCAACCACAAUUGUUCCUCCUUCGGGUGCCUCGAAAGCUGAUCAACUUAUUGACAGCCUUGUCAAAGGAAAAACUUUGCCUCAGCAGGGUAAUCUCCUGCAGUCUGUUCUGAAAGCUGGACCACUUAUUCAGACACUUCUUGUCUCCGGUCCACUUCCUACAUGGCGUAAUCCUCCCCCUCCUCACACAUUCAAUAUCCAUCCUCUGACAGGCAAAACUCGCGAUGUGGUAACGUCCACUCAAAAGCCAACAGGCCUCGCAGUCCAUGCCUUACCAAACAAUCCUCAAUCAUAUGUUGAGAUGCCUUGCAAGUCUUCACAAGUUGCAUGUAAUUCUGUACUAAAUUUUCAAGAUGCGGCUUCAAGAUCAUGUUUGAGGACUGGAAGCCAAAUGAUAUCGCCUGUUCCAUAUGGUAACAGCUCUUUUCCGACAAUCAAAAGACAAAGGUUCCUCUGAUCACAACAAAAAAGAGGAGACCAUGUACUUUUUUUGGUUUGAAGAGAAGUUACAAAAGGAUUUGGUUUUGAUAAUGUAAAUUGUAUAAGGUAUUUUGGGUUUGGGUGACAUAGCUUCUUAGUUGAAUUGUUCAUUUGUCAUGUUCACAGUUAAAUUGUAUUUUGACAAUUAAUUCAUACAUAUUUGUAUAUUUCAA